GUGGGGCGGUACUGCUGUUUUGCUGUCGAGUCACCUCUGCCAGGAUGGAGGAAAACGAGCUGCUAUCAUGCUGAAAAACGAAGGAUCCCGACAAGCGAGCAUCAUAAACCAGGAUAGUUAGACAUAAGUCACCGUUUAUCUUACACUGCUUGCGUCCUUUCUGUAACGCUUUGCCAAAAUGAUGGAAGAAAUCGACAGGUUCCAAGUGCCUCCAGUCAACGGGGAGACACAGCCUUUGGACCCAGCAGCCUCAACCUCAGAGCCAGACAGUGACACCAAGGGAGAGACUGUGGCCAUGAACUAUAAGCCCUCACCACUGCAAGUCCAAAUAGAGAAACAGAGGGACCUUGCAAGGAAGGGAUCAGUGAAGAAUGGCGCCGUGGGAAGUCCUGUCAAUCAACAACCCAAGAAGAAUGCCAGGACAAGGUUGGUGGUGCCAAACAAAGGUUACUCCUCUCUAGACCAGAGCCCAGAUGAGAAACCCCUGGUAGCACUGGACACUGACAGUGAUGAUGACUUUGACAUGUCCAGAUACUCCUCAUCAGGAUACUCCUCAGCCGAGCAGAUCAACCAGGACUUGAACAUCCAGCUCCUAAAGGAUGGGUACCGACUCGAUGAGAUCCCAGAUGACGAGGACCUGGAUUUGAUCCCCCCUAAAGCAGUUAACCCCACCUGCAUGUGCUGUCAGGCUGCUCCCUCCACAGCCUGUCAAAUCCAGUAGCACCAUUCCACCAUUUUGCCCCCGAAAAAUCUCCUGCCCGCCACCUGCAAUGACGCCAACUACUGACCAGAGUGGCAGCAAGGAGGAAAAACUAUCAGCUUGCAAUGGCACAAAGGGAAAAAAAGGGUUUGUAAAUGCUAAAAUAAGAAAAGAAAAUAGGCCAAGUCUUGAGAAAAGAGUCAAUAUGUACAGUAUCUGUGCACGUUCCUCCUAUGGUAGGAUCUGUGCAUCUUACUUCUGCAUUGUUGGUUCAGCGGGGACUUGACUGAUGGCAGAAACUUUACCUCUAAGGAAAACAUGUCACUUUUGCUUCUCCUUUGUUUGACUUCCAUCUCAUGCUUGUGGAUAUUUUGGUUUUCAAGGACCAUGAAAGAUUGUGCGACGUUGUGGAAGAACAGAAACAACAAAAUUGAAUGUGUGUAAUGGCGACGAGGUGUCAUCAUUGGCAGUGCACCAUCCACGGAAAGCACUUUUUCUGCUUGUGUAUCAUUGAUGGUAAGAUUCAACGGACAAGAAGAGAUUGGAAGUUUUGUAGUGGCCGUUGUUUUUUCUCUCUAUCACUUCUUUCAGCCAGUCUGUUUUGUCUUCCUGUGAAAUAUAUGUGUGCCGAACAUGAAAAUGACAUGUGUGUGUGUCUGAUUAUGUCCAGGAAAGUAGUGCUAAACCAUUAAAACUUGCUGAUAAAUCACAAAUGCUUACACUCACAACAUUAAAAUAGUAAUUUUAGAUUUUUUUUUAAUGUUUUUCUGUGAAACCAAGCUUUAACUGCUUAAUGGUUUCAUAUUCAGUUAAGAGAAGCUGAAAAAAAAAAUUGUUUUGCAUGUUGCCUGUUAACACUCUAAAUGUCUAAUGACCAGCCUGUGCAGACAAUUUAUCAAUUUUUAUUGACCUCUAAACACAUCCUGAGACAUAAUGUGAGGUGUGUUAUUAAAAACAGUAAUAUUUAGGGUCACCUACUGUAAUAUCAGUAGAUCUAGGGAUUUAGAAACAAUGGCAGGAACAGCUCAUGAGUUAGUGUGUACUUCCUUUGUGUUUGUUCAUGUUAUCCCCGACAUGAGUGGCUGUUUAAGAUGCUCUCAAAGGCAGUCACCACUUGUGAAUGUGGUUGCAAAAUAAUUCAUAUACUUAUCAGUGAAUGGAUAAAAGGCUUAGAAUAUGUGCAGAUAAAUAGAAAGAUGUGCAAUUUUUGUCAUACUUGAGAAUGUGUACAAAGUAAUUCCAUAUUGCCUGGAUGGAAAUGAAAUGGGAUUUUUUUUUCUUUUUUUGGGCAGGAAAAAAUACUCUUUUUGCAUAUCAAGGGAAGUAUAAAAUGCUUUCCUUUCUUUAAAGUUCUGUUUAAGUGUAUUUGUUUUGUAUGGUUGUACGUUUGCUCAUACUCCCCUUGAUUUUGAAUACAACAAAUGUGUCCGAUUUGGGGACAACAACUGUAUAUGUAGCACCUAACACAGCUGUGUAUGGUCAAUGCUUUACGCCAGUGGAUGUUUUCCAUGAUGUUUAAUAGGAAGUUUUCCUUGCUGUAUAGAAUUACUGAAUGCAUUCUCUUUAUUUUUCGUGUUUACAUCAUUCUAAAGACAUCUCCAGAGCUCUACCGAUAUCAGCUAUUUUCUAGUAGAUUGCAUCUGAAUCUGCUCAGCGGACGAUCAAGCCAGGUUCCACCAAAACUCCCCAACAAUUAGAGUUUUUACAUAUGUAUGACUUCUGGAUGCAUAUUUUAACUAGUAUGACACCUGGAAAACGGUUUUCUCUUGAAAAUAACUUAAGCCUAGAUAAGCUCUUAUCCAGCUUAUGGGAAUGAUAGCUGUUAAUAUAACUACAGUUCUAAGUAUGUGUGCACUUUACACUGUGGUCGAUGUUAUUUUCUCAUGGUAAUGCUGAGAUUAUUCUGUUGACUCAUGUACAAGGGAUUUUAAAUACUCUGUGCAUCUACAAUGAGCAAUCUCAUUUCGAGUACCUUUUUUCAAUACAUGAUUUUAUUUUUUGGGGGAACCGUACAUCUUUCAUAAGUGAUGUUUUGCUAAUUUUAUUCAAAUAUUUCACAAUUCAUUGGAUGGAGAUACGAUGUGUAAUGUAUGACUCUGAAAUGACAGAUCUGCAAGCUUAUGUGUGGUCGAGACAGGAAUCGCUGAUAUCCCUGAUACAACCUCAGUGAUACAGCAUUUGAUUUACAAAAGUACAGAAGCAUUGAAAAAAAACAACAACUUUUUUUGCAAAUAAGGUGCCAUGCGUGUAGAUAAUGUAUUAAGUAGAAAAAAGACACAAACAGUACAGUAGGUCAGGUAAUAUGUCACCAAUGCAUCUCCUAGCUGAGGUGUGUCUUAGACCAGUAGCCGUGUACAGUACAGUAUAAUAACAAUGAAGGACUGACUGUGUGAUUGACUAUGGUGCUUCAUUUUUUUUUUUUUUUUUUUAAGCAUUAAGAUCAUCCUGAUAGAUUCAACAUAGGUUGUCGGAGUCGUCUCCUACUGAGUUCACUACUUCUGGCCAAUGUUGUCUCCUUGGGGCAUUGCUUCACUAAUCACUUGAGUUUUAACGUAAUGCAUUGUAACAAAAGCUAUUUAUUUGCAGUUGCGUGUGUUUUAAUUUAUUUUUCAUGUAUGGGAAAUAACUCAUAUACAAACAGAUACUUUUUAUUUGUCAGAUGUUUAUUAUGAUGAUUGUGAACUGGUUCCAUUUAGAUUUUAACAGUGUUAAAGUUCUGUGUAUAGU